UCCGAAUCAGCUCUCGAUUUGUCAUCCUCCCUCCGUUGACCCGAGCCCAAUUCUCCAUUCUCCCUUCCAACACAAGUUGAAAAUGUCGGUGAACUCCACGGUCGAGCUGAUGACGCUCUGGGCGUCCACCAGCCCGUCGCUCAUGGCCUUCUGCUUCUCCCAUGUCAUCAUCGCCGUCCUCCUCCUCGGCAGCCGCGGCUGCGCAGCCGACGUUAAUGGCCGCGCCGACGAGCGAGUCAUGGAAGGUUCUGAAGCUGAGACGCCGGAUGAUGCUGCUGCCCAAAUACAAGGAAUCCCAAGGGACAGUGUAGGACACGACGACCCUGUCAUCGUCACUGUCACUGCCAUUGGAGGCCCCGACUGUGCUCCCCAAGUUAAUGGCCGCGCGGAUGAAUGCUCCGUGGAAGCAGGCGAAGUUGACGCGGCCGCCGAUAGGACACAGACAAGAGAAGAGACCAGUGGACAAGACGACGUGACCAUUGCCGCUGACGCAUUGCCGUCAGAGGUGAAAUGCGGGGAUGACGACGAGCAGGGAGACGAACUCAUGAUGAGAGCAGAGGAGUUCAUCCAGAGGAUGAACAGAGUGUGGAGAACAGAGAGUGUGUGCGUUGGCUGAUGCUUGGCUGCUUGUUUGUACUUGCUACCUUGCCCCUUUGGAGUGCUUUUUUUUUUGUUGCUGGGUCCUUGCGAAUAGGCAAUGCCUGGAGGGAAACCUGAAAGUGCCCCGUGCUGUGUGCCGUCACAUUAACCUGGAGAGGAGCGAAUCUUGGAAGUUAAAAUUCAGAUAGCGCUGAGUAAUCUAAGACUGCUUUGAGUA